AUGGAAAUAUUUAUAUUUUUUAUUUGCACGUGCAUAGUUAGUAGUUACGCAAAUUGGCAGUCAGAAUAUGGACCAUUCAAGAAUUUGUUGUACUCACAUUGGAUUAAUUGUAACCACAGUAAAACAGCAAAUUUAGAUGUAAGCGAAACAGAAGUAUACUUCUACGACUUCGCAAACAACUUCAAUGUUAGCCAUGAAAUUAAUAAUGCUGCUGGCGCAAUCACUAACUUCUAUAACUUAGACACAACACGAGAAAUUAAAUUUUUCGUGCCCGGAUAUAAAUCUCACAUCAGCAAGAACGCGCCAGAAUUAAUACGACAGGUUUUCAAGGACAUCCCAAACAUUUACCUUAUUAUUAUUGACCACUCCUUUUACACCUCAUCGAGAGGAGGAAACAGAAAAAGCUACGAACGUUCUGUGAACUACUCGUACUAUCUUGGCAAGGAGAUUGGAAGACUCCUUGCAGAACUUCGUGAAUUAGGUUUUCCAUCUCAAAAUAUUCACUGUAUUGGACACAGUCUAGGCAGUCACAUCUUAGGAUACGCAGGAGCGACUUACUUUGAAAGGACUUCAGAAAGAGUUCGAAGAAUAACAGGAAUCGAUCCAGCUGGCCCUUGCUUCUCAAAUAGCUUGAUAGAGGAGCAGCUUCAUUCAGGUGCGGCCGAUUACGUUGAAGUAUUUCAUUGUAAUGCAGGUGGUUUAGGGACAACGAGUGUUCUAGCUGAUGUAGAUUUCUUCUUGAAUGAUGGGAGAGUUCAACCGCAUUGUACUGUCGGUCUAAUACCUGGAUACGGUGAGUCUGAUGCAGCAAGAUGUAGCCAUAAAGCAUGUGUCAAGUAUUGGACGUAUACGGUGAGCCAUCCCGGUUCAUUUUUGUCUUGGGCCUGUAAUUCAUAUAAGGAUUUUAAGAAUGGUAAAUGUUCGGGAAACGAGGUUGCGAUUGCUGGGUAUUCGAAUCCGGGAAACACGUCUGGUGUUUUUUAUGCUUCGACGGAGAGUUAUGGUGUAGUGUAA